AUAAUAAAUUGGUACGUACCAGUAAAUUUGAGAGUAGAGAGUUUUAUACUUUUAUGCCUUUGAUUAAAAUCGGAGUAUGAAUCACUGUGUCAACUGUCAACCCAUCCUCAACAGGACAACAGAUACCACUAUUUACCACUACCAGUCGUACAAUUAUUUACUCCUGCUCCUACUGCAGUAGACUCAUAAAAAAAAAAAGGGAAAAGAAAAAAAAGCAUCAGAUUGCUUGAUUGAUCGAUCACCCACCUUUCUCUUCCGAACCUUUCGUCCCCAUCUCUCACUUUCUCUCUCCUCCCACUCCCCUUUUCUACAUCUUCUUCUUUUCUAUUUACAGCAACCAUUUCCAACCUCUACUCUUUCUUCUUAGCCCACCGACUUCGUUUUUGCUCCUGUUUCUUCUGCUCCACCAGGUGGUGCUCAGAUUUGGCAUGUGGGCAGCUAUUCUUUAUUGCCUAUGUAUGCUGGGCUGUACUGUUUCUGGACUUUUCGGGAAGAACCCCCAGCACCUUUGAUUCAUCGAUCUGUUUUUGGGAGCAGUACAGUAGGAUUCAUUGACAGAGCAGUACAAUAGGAUCCAUGAUGGAACAAGCUCACCGGCUCUCUGAAUUGAGAAAGAGGGGUAUUGAAUGGGAUUUGAAUGACUGGAAAUGGGAUGGUGACCUAUUUAUAGCCACCCCUUCCAACUCUCAAGGUCAGCAAUUCAUUCCACUUGUUCCUGUUCCCGGCAAUUCCUCUAACACUUCGUCGUCGUGCUCUGAUGAUGUUGAUGAUGGAACUGGAAGGAGGGAUUUGGAGAGGAAGAGGAGGGUUUUUGUUGUUGACCAAGACUCUUUGGAGGAAGCUGCUCCCUUGACUUUAAAGCUUGGUGUUCCUCACAGGGAAAGGGACCAUUGGGAGACCUCCACUGCCAAGAAGACUAAGUUGCCCUCGACUUCUUCCACUCGCGCCGUUUGCCAGGUUGAGGACUGUGAAGCUGAUCUCACCAAGGCUAAGGACUAUCACAGGCGUCACAAGGUCUGUGAGCUGCAUUCUAAAGCCACCAAAGCUCUUGUUGCCAAUGUCAUGCAGCGUUUUUGCCAGCAGUGUAGUAGGUUUCAUGCUCUACAAGAAUUCGAUGAAGGCAAGCGAAGCUGUAGACGUCGCUUGGCUGGUCAUAAUAAGCGGCGCCGGAAAACGCAACCUGAAACAGCUGUUCAGGGAAAUUCCAUGGAUGACCAAACUAAUAGUGUUCUGUUGAUGAGCUUACUCAGGAUACUCUCCAACAUGCAUGGUAAUAACAGAGCAAACCAGACUACAGAUCAAGAUCUUGUUGCCCAACUCUUGAAAAGCCUUGCCAACCCUUCUGGGUUGCACUCAGGGAAAGGGUUAUCUGGGCUCCUGCAUGAAUCACAAAAGCUGCUAAAUGGUGGUAUGGCCACUGGUAAUGGGCAUUCAGAAAAGAUGUCAGCUUAUCUCUCAAAUGAUCAACAAAAUACCCCUAGAGUCAUUGACCAACAUGUUCAACUACCCGAUUCAGAGAUUCCAAGAAAGGGAUUGUAUCCCGCUAAUAGUAGGGGCAGUGAAAUUCAGGCUGUAUCCUUGGAAGAACCUAAAAGUUUGUUCCCUAUAAAAGAUAGCCCUCCAGCUUACUCUGAGACCACAGAAGGGAGGAUGAAGCUGAACAAUUUUGACCUGAAUGAUGCAUAUGUAGAUUCAGAUGAUGGAAUGGAAGAUUUGGAAAGGUCGCCUGUUAAUGAGAAUUUUGCAACUGGCUCUGUUGAUUUCCCUUCAUGGGCACGGCAGGAUUCACACCAAUCAAGUCCACCACAGACUAGUGGCAAUUCUGACUCAGCCUCUGCUCAAUCACCUUCUAGCUCUAGUGGAGAAGCUCAGAGUCGUACUGAUCGGAUCGUUUUCAAGCUAUUUGGUAAAGAGCCAAAUGACUUUCCGAUUAUGCUGCGGGGACAGAUCCUUGACUGGCUUGCUCAUAGUCCUACUGAGAUUGAGAGCUACAUCAGACCUGGCUGUAUAAUUCUAACAAUUUAUCUUCGCUUGGCUGAGUCCUCGUGGGAGGAGCUCUGCUCUGACCUUUCAUCGCGCUUAACUCAACUCUUUGACAUAUCUGAUGACACAUUUUGGAGGAUGGGAUGGGUGUAUGUACGAGUGCAGAAUCAAAUAGCAAUUGUUCAUAAUGGUGAAGUUGUCUUGGAUACGUCGUUAUCUCUAAAAGAUAAUAAUUGCUGUAGAAUUUUGAGUGUCAUGCCUAUAGCCGUGUCUAUGAAUGAACAGGUUCAAUUUAAAGUUAGAGGUUUCAACCUUUCUCAGUCCACAACAAGAUUACUCUGUGCUCUAGAAGGGAAAUAUCUUGAUCAAGAAGUAUCUCAAGAAUCAGAGGUUGGCGAUUUCCUUGAGGAUGAUGAUGAGACUGACCAUGCCAAUUUGUCUUGCAUCAUUCCAAAAGCAACUGGAAGAGGGUUUAUUGAGGUUGAAGAUCAUGGUCUCAGCAGCAGUUUCUUCCCUUUUAUAGUUGCAGAAAAGGACGUUUGCUCUGAGAUUCGGACUCUGGAGAAUGUCCUGGAGCUGAAGAAGACCGAUGAAGAAGCAUAUGAAAUUAAUAAAACCCUAGAAUCCUGGUGUCAAGCUAUGGAUUUCAUUAAUGAAAUGGGUUGGCUGCUUCAUAGAAGCCACUUGAAAUCUAGAUUAGCUGACCUAGAUCCUAACACUGUCAUAUUUUCUUUUAGAAGGUUUAAAUGGCUCAUGGACUUCUCCAUGGACCAUGAUUGGUGUGCUGUUGUUAAGAAACUUUUGGACAUUUUGUUUGCUGGAACUGUGGGGUUGGGGGAACAUUCUUCUCUGAAGGUUGCAUUGUCAGAAAUGGGUAUCCUUCACAGAGCUGUACGUAGAAAUUCUAGGCCUAUGGUGGAGUUUCUUUUGAGAUAUGCCCCUCUGAAUGUAUCGGAAGAAUUCAUAUCAUCCAAUGAUGGUGGCCAAGUAAGGUUUUUGUUUCGGCCUGAUGCCCAGGGACCUGCUGGUUUGACACCACUCCAUGUUGCAGCUGGCAGAGAUGGCUCUGAAGAUAUAUUGGACGCUCUAACUGAUGACCCUGGAAAGAAUGGAAUUGAUGCAUGGAAGAAUGCUCGCGAUAGCACAGGGGCUACCCCUGAGGAUUAUGCUCGUCUGCGGGGCCACUAUGCUUACAUACACAUUGUCCAGAGGAAGAUUUACCGGAGUUCAACUUCAGGGCAUGUGGUGGUUGACAUUCCAGGAGAACAAUCUGUUGCCCCAAGGCAAGAUGGGGCUCUGAGCUUUGAGGUUGGAAGAAGUGCGUCGCUUGCUAUGAAUCAGAGCUGCAAGCUAUGUGAUCAGAAGAAGAUGUCUGUAUAUUAUGGAAGUAGAUCAAGGGCAUCUCUAGUGUACAGGCCAGCAAUGCUGUCCAUGGUUGGUAUUGCUGCAGUGUGUGUGUGUGUGGCUCUUCUUUUCAAGAGCAUGCCUAAUGUUGUCUGUCUCUUCCAGCCCUUCCGUUGGGAAAUGCUCAAUUAUGGUUCCAGCUGAUAUUUCAUUUGCAGUUGGUAAAAUCCAGGGUAAUCUGUAUUGCAAUUGUAUUUUGUAUUUGCAUAUUGUAUGUUGUAUCAUGUAGUAGUAUGUUUCUAAAAAAACCCAGAGAAUUAUCUAGUACUAGAAGUCAGUGCUAGAACAGAGAAUCAUAUAUUUAGAAAUUGACUGAUGACUAUAUAGAUGUGGCUAUGAUAAGCAUGCAUUUCUGUAAGUAUUAUUUCUGGUUGAGACUGCUAGUUGACUUCUGUCAAAAAAAAAAAAAAAAAAAGAGAGACUGCUAGUUGACUAGUUGUGGUCUCCCAUCUCAUUUCCAUUGACUUCAAUAUGUCCCGAGUCUUUGAAUUUGCUGAA